AUGUUCGUGACGAUCGCAUGGGCGGCAUCGCAAUGGAGUGCGCGUGGCAUUUUCCAACCGGCAACGCUGUUGGUGGCUCUAUUCGCUUCAUCCACAUUGGAAGUUUCGUUCGGGUUCGUCGACCGAGGCAUUUCUUCUUGCUGUGACCGUACUUCCGCUGAUGUUCGCCGUGUUUGCCCCUCUCCCCGAGCAUGUGCCGGUGUGUCGGCGACUCAAUUGCCAAUCCCACGAGACGGCGGCGAUCACCGCGAGCAUCAGCCCGGUCGCGGCGCCGGUACGGGUGCCCGCGUGACGGUGAGCCCCAGCAUGUCCGGCUGUUCUUAUUUGAAUCAUCCGCCCGGUGAGAUCGGCCAGCUGCUCGGCGACGGCGUCGGCGAUCUGUGCCGAGCCGUCGGCCAGUGUUUGCCCGGACUG